AUGUCAUCAGAGCCCCUCACCAACCUACUUACUUCGACCUGCAAGCCUGCCUUCAAACGGGCCACCAAGCACCCAUUCCUCAAGGCUGCAGGCGAGGGGCAGGUCUCCAAGCAGAUGCUGUCGCAAUGGCUCUCGCAAGACCGGCUGUAUGCGCAGGCAUACAUCCGCUUCAUCGGCCUGCUGCUCAGCAAGGUCGUGCUGCCGCCGCGCAACCCGGACAGCGCGAAGACGCGGGCGCCGACGACGGAGCAGCGCGUGUUUGACAUCCUGGUCGAGGCGCUGGUCAACAUCCAGCGGGAGCUGCGGUUCUUUGAGGACACGGCGCUCGAGUACGGGCUGGACCUGACGGCGAUGGAGGCGAGCGAGGAGAAGGAGAAAGAAAAAGGCGCGGGAAACGUCUUUGGACCGCAGCCUAUCACACGCGCCUAUAUCGAUCUGUUCAUGUCGGCGGGCAGCCCUGGCACGUCGCUGCUGGAGGGGAUGACGGUGCUCUUCGCGACCGAGUACUGCUACCUGCACGCGUGGAGGUACGCGGCGUCGGUGAUGGAGUCGACCUCGCCCCGGCCGGCGGAGCCAUCGCCCGCGUCCUUCUCCGUGGGCUACGACGGCGACCCGGACGGGGGCGCGCUGCGACGCAAGUUCAUCCCCAACUGGGCCAACCCGGAGUUCGAGAAGUUUGUCAACGCCAUCCGGGAUGUGACGGAUGAGCUGGCGGGCAGGGUGAAGGGGGCGGAGGAGGUGGAGAGGGAAAAGGGAAAGUGUCUUGGAUGGUGGAAGCAGGUGCUGUGGCUGGAAGAGAGGUUUUGGCCGAAGAUGGAAUGA